ACUCACUGCAUGUGAUCUGCCUCCCAUGAGAAGGUUGAACCAUCGGAGGGUUCCAGCCGUCGAUUGAUGCCGAGUCGGACAUCGCUGACGUCACUGUCACUCUCUACAGCUCAGCUGUCUUCAAAACCAAACACGGAAAACAUGCAGUCCCGCGAACCAAAGCAAAGCGGCUUCAGCAUUGUUUCCAAAAGAUCCAGCGCUGCUUCCAUUGUCCAUUGUUGUCUACUCGAGUACUAGCUAGCUAGCUAGCAGUGUGUUUCUUUGCGAGGACAAUUAAUUACAAUAUCCCUUGAAGAGAAGAACAGAGAGAUUAUUAGAGCCACCAUGACGCAGGAGUUUGGUGUAGCGACCGCCAUGGCGGUGAUUCUUGGGACGAUGUUGGCCAUGGUGGGUGGUCUGGUUGCUCUGCAGGAUCCAAAGAAGGACAAGGACAAGAUCCAGCCAGGACGAUACUAUCCGUGUCCCAUCACAGAACCGUCUCGACUGGCGUAUGAGAAGUUUGUCAGUGUCUAUUCUCCCAUGUGGAUGUGUUUCUUUGGCCUUGUCGUGGUGACACAAGUCUACGAACAAUUCACAGCCUGGUCCUAUCUGCAAGUCUGUGGGGGAUUUUCCCUCCCCUUUCUGUUGCAACCGGUUCUUUUUCCGUCGGCUGGAUUUAAUUCUCCUGAUGCCAAACGACCACUGUUGGAGCGGUAUAGCUUCAAAGCCAACGUAUGGAUUGCCGUCUACUCCUUUAUUGGAAAUUACUGGUAUACCCAUUACUUUUACUCCGUACUGAAAGCCCAAUACACAAUGCCGGCGCACAGGUUGAACAAUGUCCCGAUCGCCAUGUACUUUGCCACCCAUUUCUACUUUUCUUCCUACCACCUCUUUUCCAAUCUACUGCUACGAAAGAUUGUCACGUCGUAUCAAGAGGGCAUCAAACGAACCAUUCUCUUUGUGGCUGUGGUAUUGGUCUUUUCCUACUUUACAGCCUUUAUGGAGACACUGACCAUAAGUUCGUUCCCCUAUUACUCGUUUGAAGACCGGGACAUGGCCUACACUGUGGGAAGUGCGUUUUAUGGAAUCUACUUUAUUGUCAGUUUUCCCGGAUUCUAUUACUUUGAUGCGGAUGUGGACAAACCCAACAACAGUGCCGGCAAAGUGACUUGGUUUGAUACCAUCUUAUCGAGCUGUGGUCAUGGCAUGAUGAUAAUGACCUUGUUGGAUUUUGUAAGGCUUUCUCUGGAUAUCCCAUUGGUAGUGGGGGCUCCACCGUUGGCAUCGUGAAGGCACCAUCCUGUAUUCAGUAUCGACUAGCCACCAUUAUUUCAUUACUAUUGUACUGUAGUUAUCUUCUUAUGGCUGUGCAGCAGACUCCAGUUUAUUUAGUUGAUGUCUUAUUGUCAUCCAUCUAGUUGGGUACGCCACUUCCAGUAGGUUGCUAUGGCUUGUGGGCAUAAUUUUAUUGUCAUCAUUCCCAUUUUGAGCAGCAGCAGCAGCACUUGGUCUUCGAUCAAUCGUUGCAUGGCCAUGAGAUUCUUGUUUCGCCACCAGCGCCAUCCAAACCCAUGGCUCGAGCAGCUUCCCGUUGCCGACGACGAUCCUCUCGUUCUUCCAAGUUUCGUCGUCUUUCUUUUUUGCCCGCCUUUUUUCUAUUAUUUUGCGGUUGUGGCUGCUGCUGCUCAUUAUUAUUGUCGUCAUUUUGCUGGUUGU